UCGGCUUGGACCACCACCUCAAGUUCUUCCCAAAAAACCAUCACACUCAGAACGCAUUCAACCCAAAAAACAAACACAAACAUGUUCGGCAACUACAUCAAGUCGAUGCCCAAGCUCAAUGACGCGGACGAACGAAGAAAACAAUCCUCGAAACCAGGGCCAGCUCAGGUCAAAGCUAAAUAUACUCGUGGUAGCACCAGCUCGGGGAAAGCAUCUAGCUCGACUCGCUGUCAGAAGUGCGAAAAAUUCGGUCAUUUUACCUACAAUUGUCCUGCCACUCAAGCUCCCUACAAGGCCCGGCCGUCGCGUACUCAACAAUUACUUAACCCAAAGCCACAACGAGAUACCCCAUCGGUUGAAGUCCCAGAGGAAUUCUUAACAAAGAAGGGAAUCGCCGAGAAAAUAUUGGCCACCAAUGAACUUAAGAGACAAGAGGCCAUUUCGAACCCCCCGGUUGCCAAAUCAUCCAAAAAAAGGACGAAAUCUACCACGAGCUCAGAUACCUCGUCAUCAUCCACCGACUCUUCAGAUUCCGAUUCAGACUCAGACUCGAGCUCAGAUUCAGACUCGUCCUCAGACUCAAGAUCUUCGAGUGCAUCUUCCACGUCAUCUGAUUCUGAUUCGCACUCAUCGACAAGUUCCGAUUCGAGUGAGACUGCGAGACAUAAGCGCAAGAAAGCCAAGCGCGCCUAUAGUCCUCCCUCCAAAUUGAGAAAACCAGUCACUCCACCACGUCGGCAUCCUCAUCGUUCGAGAUCUGUCUCGCGCAAACCAAUCGGAUCCCAGACUCCACCGAGCUCGAGGGGAGACAAGUCUCCUUCGGCUGAAUAUCGCCUCUCCAGAUCACCCUCUCAAAAACCCGUCAGAUCACGAACUGCAGUAGAUUCCAGGCGAAGGUCCCCUUCGGACAGUCGUUCCAGGUCUCCUCCUCCUAGAAACGCUAAUGGCUCUCGUGCUCCACCUAGCCCCAGACGCAGAUUUCCCUCUGAUGAACGCAAUCGGUCUCGGUCUCGGUCUCCUCCUGAAAAAAAUGCUGAAUCCCGAAUUCCACUCAGCCCCAGGCGAAGAUUUCACUCGGAAGAUCGUGAUCGCAGUCGUUCUCGGUCUCCUCCUCCCAGAAAAGCUAAUGGAUCACGUGUGCCAUCUGAUCCUAGGCGAAGAAUUCCAUCAGAAGAUCGCAGUCGUUCCCGUUCUCCACCCAGACGAAAGCUUGCUGGAUCUCGCCCUCCGACCAGCCCUAGGCGAAGGUUUGCCUCGGUUGAUCGCGAUCACAGUCGUUCCAGGUCUCCUCCCGGUCGCAAAGGAGUCGAAUCAGAGGCUCCAGUAAGUUCCAGGCGAAGAUUUCCCUCGAGAGAUCGCGAUCUUAGUCGUUCCAGGUCGCCUCCCAACCGGAAAAGUGCUGGAUCACGAGCUCCACCGAGUCCCAGGCGUAGAUCUCCAUCUGAAGAUGAUCGCAGUCCCUCCAGGUCACCUCACAGAUCAGAUAGACCCCGCACUUCGCACAGUCCCAGAGAAAGUCAUCCAGCGCCCCGUCAUCGUAGACGUUCAAGAUCUCCUCUAGCUAGGUCCCAUCGAUCCCGAACCCCGACCAGCCCCCGGCGAAAGUAUGCAGCUCGACGAGAUCAUAGGGGAGCACGAUCCCCUUCGCGUCAGCCCGAGAGAGCCCUAACCCCAUCCAGUCCUAGACGAAACUCGAAAACUGGCAAUCGCUCUCCAAGAAGACCAAGUCAGGUCACUGACCACCGUCGACCCGAUUCUGAAUAUCGUGCGAGAGGAGCCUCUAGAGAUCGGCACCGCAGAGCCGAGAUCAAGCACGGCAAAAGACGGGCCACUAGUGACGACAGUGAUCAUUGAUCUUCGCCCCCUCCCCCUAUUCUUUUGGUUUUUGAUUCUGUUUUUAUACAGUAUAUAAUCCUCAAGUCUCAAGCGGUAUUUUUUCUUUCUUUUCAUCGGCUGGAAGGAUCAGGGAGUUUGAGUGGUGGUAAUGAUCAGUCAAAUUAUCUAGUCACAAAAUAGUACAAAUUAUCUUUACUUUGUUUCUUCUUAUAAACUAUAUGAUUCCAGUAAAAGCAAAUACAAGUUUUGUGAAUGUUUGGUG